CUUAUCAGUAAAUGGCUGUGCUGUGACUUGUCACUUGUCGGAAUUUCCGAAUCUGAACUUUCUUUGUUUCAAAUUGAGAAAUUCUCUAUAUUAUUUAAUUUUUCUGAUUAUGUAUUGAAUUAGAAAUGAUCGUUCCAGUCUUGAAACUUUAACCAUGAACUUGGUAACUUUCGGCAUAAUCGCCGUUCUGAUAAUUUCGUAUUUUUGCAGCGACUCGUUGCGUGACAUUUAUGAAAAUUUCGGCGUUUAUUUCCCCUUUUUCAACAUCUCGGUUUAUUUCGAUUUAUUCAAAUACGUCUUUAUUCCCAGAUUCGUGAGUGUUAAUUCAGCUGAAACGCUAUUCGCGAUCGAAGAUCUCGAGCAACGAAAUGGUAAAAAUUCCAAAGACUUGUACCUCUCGAUUCUGGGGAAAGUCUUUGAUGUUUCCAGUGGACAAUCGUAUUACGGUGCUGGCCAAAUGUAUCACGGAUUUAUAGGACGUGAUGCCAGUAGAGCUUUCAUCACCGGAGAUUUCAGUGAAAGUGGAUUAACUGAUGACGUACUCGAUCUACCACUGCAAGACUUGAGGCAUUUGAAAGAAUGGUUAAAAAUGUACGAAGAUAAAUACAAAUACAAAGGAAAGUUGAUCGGAAAAUAUUACGACGAAGAAGGUAAUCCCACCGAUUAUAAUAAAAAAAUCAUGGAACGCUUCGACGAAGCCGAAGAGAACGAAAAUUCUGCUGCCAAAGAAAAAGAAAAAUUUCCUCCUUGCAAUGUAGAAUGGACUGCCGAAAAAGGAAGUAGAGUUUGGUGUUCGGUGCGCAGCGGUGGUAUUGAAAGAGACUGGGUCGGUGUUCCUAGAAAAUUAUACUCGCCAGGAUCAAAUUCGUAUCGUUGUGCAUGUAUAAAUAAGCCUGUCUCUGAAAACAAUGUUCCCUCAGGAGAUGAAAUGUCUCAAUAUAUUUCCGAAUACGAGAACUGUGAUAUUAAUUCGUAUAGCUGUUACGUAAAAACCUCGUAAAUGUGAUAUUUAUUUCAUCUCAGGCGAUAAUACGUGCCGAUAUCCUAAUUUUUAUGGUAUUUCUUGUAUUAUUUUAUGAUUUUUUUUUUUUGUAAUAUCAGCAUCGAAGUAACAGAAUUUUCCUGAUUUUUUUUUUUUAUUUAAAAAGAUAAUAUUUCGUAAGACGCUAACAGAAGUAUUAUUAAUUAUUUUUCAUGUUCAGAAAAUGAUGUAUACUUUUUUAUACUUUUUUUAUACGUGUAUUUUUUAAGAUCAUUGUAAAAAUAUGCACUCAUCGCUCACUCAUUACAAAAUCACACUCAAUAAAUCACCAUUUUUUCAA